AUGGCAACAUUUCCAAAUCAAUGGAAUCCUCAGUACGUACCGUCAAUGACAAUCCAAUUACCACCGUUGAUUGUGAGACUCCCGAUACAAUUGAUUCCAAUAGCAACACCGCCAAUAUCUUCAUACGCACCACCAUCGCAAGCACCAACAACACCAAUGCCGCCACAGCCAUCAUCACAAGCACCAACAAUACCGGUGCCACCACAACCAACAUCAUUCCCUACUCCACCAGUUUCACCUCAUCAAAAAGCGUCGGAACACAUUGUUUUAUGUAUGAACUGUGGCCGAACACGCGUUGUAAUUAAUGUUAACGGCAAGAGAAGUCAUACCGAUCACGUGUGCUCUGAUCAUGCACAAGUUUCAAAUGAUUUAAAAGCAGGAACAAAAAAGAUAAAAAAGGAGGAAAUUUAA